GCCCAGGGAGUAGUCCGAUUAACCAACCAAUUUUAGGAAGGAAGAAAAAGUGGGCGUGGGGACAGAGAGGAAAGGAAGACGAGGGUUCCGCAGGCGCGGGGCACUUGGGAGUUGUAGUUUGCGAUCUCUGUAGAGCGCGCGCCCGGCGGAAGUGACCUGAUCGGCGGACGGAAGCUGGCAGCUAAGGUUCGCGUUUGGCGUAAAGACCACGGCAGGGGCUGGCAGAACGCGUAGUUGUCACGGAGCGAAACACAGUGGGUUUGUGUGGAGAUAACCCGCGCCCCGGCAGCUCCCGGAGGGUCUAGCUUCCUUACGGCGAGCGCCGGGCCUCGCUUCUGGCUUCCCCAACAUGCACGGGCACCCUGGGAGCUGCUGAGGGCGCGGGGCCUGGGAAUGAUCUUUCCUCUUGCCCACUUCGCGCUCCGGUGGCACCGACGGCUCGGAGGCCGUGCCUUGUCCCGCGCCGCCAUGGAGGUGGCUUUCCGAGGGGUGAGGAAAGUCCUCUGUGUGGCCGAGAAAAACGACGCGGCCAAGGGCAUUGCCGACCUGCUAUCCAGCGGUCGCAUGAGGCGGAGAGAAGGACUUUCUAAAUUCAACAAGAUCUACGAAUUUGAUUACCACUUGUAUGGCCAGAAUGUUACCAUGAUAAUGACGUCAGUUUCUGGACAUUUGCUGGCUCAUGAUUUCCAGAUGCAGUUUCGAAAAUGGCAGAGCUGUAAUCCUCUUGUCCUCUUUGAAGCAAAAAUUGAAAAGUACUGCCCAGAGAAUUUUGUAGACAUCAAGAAAACUCUGGAACGAGAGACACAGCAGUGUCAGGCUCUGGUGAUCUGGACUGACUGUGAUAGAGAAGGUGAAAACAUUGGAUUUGAGAUCAUCCAUGUGUGCAGGGCUGUGAAGCCCAGUCUGUGGGUGCUGCGAGCCCGUUUUUCUGAGAUCACAUCCCGUGCCGUCAGGAUGGCCUGUGAAAACCUUACCCAGCCUGAUGAGAAAGUGAGCAAUGCUGUAGAUGUGAGGCAGGAGCUGGACCUGAGAAUCGGAGCUGCAUUCACUAGGUUCCAGACCCUGCGGCUUCAGAGGAUUUUCCCAGAGGUGCUGGCGGAGCAACUCAUCAGUUAUGGCAGCUGCCAGUUCCCCACGCUAGGCUUCGUGGUGGAGAGGUUCAAAGCUAUUCAGGCUUUCGUUCCAGAGGCAUUCCACAGGAUUAAAGUAACUCAUGACCACAAAGAUGGUGUUGUAGAAUUCAACUGGAAAAGGUAUCGACUCUUCAACCACACAGCUUGUCUUGUUCUCUAUCAGCUAUGUAUGGAGGAUCCCAUGGCAACUGUGGUAGAGGUCAGAUCUAAGCCCAAGAGCAAGUGGCGGCCUCAAGCUUUGGACACUGUGGAGCUUGAGAAACUGGCUUCACGAAAAUUGAGAAUAAAUGCUAAAGAAACCAUGAGGAUUGCGGAAAAGCUCUAUACUCAAGGGUAUAUCAGCUAUCCCCGAACGGAAACAAACAUUUUUCCCAGAGACUUAAACCUGACAGCACUGGUGGAGCAGCAGACCCGAGAUGCACGCUGGGGAGCCUUUGCCCAGAGCAUUCUGGAGCAAGGUGGCCCUACCCCACGCAACGGGAACAAGUCUGACCAAGCUCACCCUCCCAUCCACCCCACCAAAUACACCAGCAGCCUGCAGGGAGAUGAACAGCAACUGUAUGAAUUUAUUGUUCGCCAUUUUCUGGCUUGCUGCUCGCAGGAUGCUCAGGGACGGGAGACCAAUGUGGAGAUUGACAUUGCUCAGGAACGCUUUGUGGCCCAGGGCCUCAUGAUUCUGGCUCGAAACUAUCUGGAUGUGUAUCCAUAUGACUGCUGGAGUGAUAAGAUCCUCCCUGUCUAUGAACAAGGCUCCCGCUUUCAACCCAGCACCGUGGAGAUGGUGGACGGGGAGACCAGCCCACCCCAGCUGCUCACCGAGGCUGACCUCAUUGCCCUCAUGGAGAAGCACGGCAUUGGUACUGAUGCCACCCAUGCUGAACACAUUGAGACCAUCAAAGCCCGGAUGUAUGUGGGCCUCACCCCAGACAAGCGCUUCCUUCCUGGGCACCUGGGCAUGGGGCUUGUAGAAGGUUAUGAUUCCAUGGGCUAUGAGAUGUCCAAGCCUGACCUCCGGGCUGAGCUGGAAGCUGAUCUGAAGCUGAUCUGUGAGGGCAAGAAGGACAAAUAUGUGGUUCUGAGGCAGCAAGUGCAAAAAUACAAGCAGGUUUUCAUUGAAGCAGUGGCUAAAGCAAAGAAAUUGGACGAGGCCUUGGCCCAGUACUUUGGGGAAGGAGCAGAGGUGGCCCAGCAGGAAGAGAUCUACCCAACCAUGCCAGAGCCCGUCAGAAAGUGUCCACAGUGCAACAAGGACAUGGUCCUCAAGACUAAGAAGAGCGGUGGGUCAGUGUCCUGGCUUCUCCCCUGCCUCUGUUCCCCAGCACCUGCUGUUAUAGCCCCAGCAAGGUUCUACCUCAGCUGCGUGGGUUUCCCAGAGUGUCGAGCAGCCCUGUGGUUUCCUGACUCGGUGCUGGAGGCCAGCAGGGAUGGCAGCGUGUGUCCAGUCUGUCACCCGCAGCCCGUGUACAGGUUGAAGUUCAAGUUUAAGCGUGGCAGCCUUCCCCCAACCAUGCCUCUAGAGUUUGUCAGCUGCGUCGGCGGAUGUGAUGAGACCCUGAGGGAGACCCUGGGCCUAAGAUUCUCACGAGGCCCUCCCAGAGAUAGCCAGCCCUCUAGCCACCUGCAGGCUAGCCAGUCAAUGAACAGGAUGGAUGGCAACCAGGACGGCCACCCCCUACCUGGCCUCAGACAGACUGGGCCCUCAAAGGCUCCAGCUCAGACCCUCCCACCACCCACUGCCACUGGUGAAGGCAAUUCCGUGACCUGCAACUGUGGCCAGGAGGCCGUGCUGCUUACUGUCCGUAAGGAGGGCCCCAACCAGGGACGGCAGUUCUAUAGGUGCAGCGGGAAUGGCUGUAACUUCUUCCUAUGGGCAGACAGUAGUAGCCAUCUGCAAGGAGAAGGGCCUCCUGUUCAAGUACCAAGACCCACAGGCAGCUCUCUGGGACGACUGCCAGGCUCAGGGAGCCACCUGGGUGGGUUCGCCAACCCUGGUAAUAGCGGUGGUGGCACAUCCUGCCUAUGCAGCCAGCCAGCCGUAACACGGACUGUCCAGAAGGAUGGGCCCAACAAGGGGCGCCAGUUCCACACGUGUGCCAAGCCGAGAGAGCACCAGUGCGGCUUCUUCCAGUGGGUUGAUGAGAACAUGGCCCCAGGAACUUCUGGAGUCCCACCCUGGCAACAGGGUAGAGGAAGAACCCAAGGGCCCGAGGGCAGAAGUAAAAGACCACGAGCCAAUUCGUCAGACACAGCGUCUACAGUUAAGAAACCCCGGAAAUGCAGCCUUUGCCACCAGCCUGGACAUACUCGUCCCUUUUGUCCUCAAAACAGAUGAGGGCAGGGUAGGGUAGUGAGGGUCACUUCCUCAGACCUGUUCCCUUUAUCUUAGGAAAUGAGUAAACUAGGACCAGGUGGCCAUUCAUUGUCCUGGAAACUGAGAAAGUGUUGUGGCUUCCCCGUGUUAAGGAGCACAAGGUCCAGAUCACUCUCUAGGGAAGGUCAGCUCUGCUGGACAGUGGCCCUCUACCCAGGACUCAAAAAUGACUGUAGCCAUUGCGAGAAGAGUCACACAUCUCCCUCUUUUUCCUUUGUUUGCAUCUUGGUGGGUGAGAAGUGGCAUCUCAUGUGGUUCUGAUAUGCAUUUAUCUGAUGACAUUAACCAUCUCUUUAUGGACUUAUUAGCCAUUGGUAUAUGUUCUUUGAAAAAAUGUCUAUAGAGUCCUUUACCCGUUUUUAAAUUGGGUUGCUUGUCUUUCUGUCCUUCAGUUGUAGGAGUUUGUCAUAGAUCUGGAUACCAGGUGGAUACUUGGGUUUUACAUGUUUCCAGUUUCCUUUUUUUUUUUUUUCUUGAGACAGAGUCUCACUAUGUCACCUUUGGUAGAGUACUAUGGCAUCACAGCUCACAGCAACCUCAAACUCUUGGGCUUAAGCGAUUCUCUUGCCUCAGCCUCCCAGGUAGCUGGGACUGCAGGCGCCCCACACAAUGCCCAGUUAUU